AUGGUCACACAACCUAUUAGCCUGGAUACAUUCUUACAUUUUACAAGGCUAAUAGCUUGGUCAAGGUGGGUGACUGAAGCCAACGACACCGGCAAUCAAGAAGUUGGGCAAACCCAAGUGAAGUAUGGGCCGCCUAAGAAGAAGACAGCUAUCCGUGCCCCUGCCAACGACGCCGCCAUGGGGAAAACCCAAGUGCAGUCUGGGCCGCCCAAGAAGACGGUUGCUGCUCCCAAAGAGGCACAGCGGCGCCCCUCUGCUGCCGUAGAGGUUCAACGGCGCCCUUCGAAUGCUCAAGUCUUCGAUGGUGUACACAUCCAAGCUAGGCUGCAGCCUUCAGGGAUUUUAGCCAAUGAAGCGGCUGUUCGACCAAACACUGCCAAUGAAGCUAGGGUGCAGACUUCAAGGAAUGUUGCCACUCAAGCGGCUGUUCGACCUGUCAAUAACCCGGUUUCUGAUGCUGUUCACUCCGACGUUGUUGGGCCCGGGCCUGUUCCACACAAGUCCAAACCAGCCCCUGUGCUCAGAAUGUACGGGUCUACCCAUAAAUCUUCGUCUGCUCAACCUACAGCCCCCGCUGCCAUCACCACGAAUGCGGGCAACAGCAACUCCACGCUAUCGGACUUAACCUCAACGUGUUCGGACGAUUACGACAUCACGCUGCCUGACCAGCCAGAAGGCGCCAAUGAAUUUGCCAAUAGUUAUUCAAGCUUCGACCCCAACGAUAUACCUUCAACCGGAAAGAAACUCACCAGCAUCCGGGAUGAAGACUUUCAUCCAAGGUCAUUCUCGAUGCAUGACCUCGGCCCUGACGAGAUCCAGGCUAUGAGGGAGGCAUGCGAGUCCAAAGACGUAGCAUAUUGCUUCAGCUAUGCUGACAAGACAACUCGCUACUACCAUGGUCACGAGCUGACUGAAGGCUGCCAGAGUGCAGCCGACUGGUUCACGACGUACUUCGACGAUGAGACGAAGAAGUGGCACCCCAUACCACAGGGCUUUUCAGCCCCCCACUGGCCUGAGGACUACGUUGACGCGAUCAACAUUUUGAGGGAAGAAGACGAACUGCACAUCAACUCAUACAUCAUCGAGGCGGCGAUGGCAUUGGACAAGACUCGUAACUCUGGAGAGGAUGUUUUCGAGAUCCUCUCCUUGGAGGACGACCUUUCAUGGGACGACAAGAACCACAUGCGAUCGCUUCUCUGCUUGGAGGCGGUCACCUAUCGUUUCACCCAGCCUUGGGAUGGUUUUUCAUUCACUGAGUUAGGUGUAUUCAUUGCCUUUUUCAUAAUUAAUGGAAUUUUGGGUGCUUUCAUUGCUUUUUUCAUAAUUAAUCCUGUGUGA